UUCAGUUCCCACGUGCAUCUAUUCACUUCUCUGCGCUGUUGGCCGGCACGGAGAGGCGGACCGGGACUCCAGCCCCGCGCGUCGGACCGAUCACCGCCUCUUGUGCGUUUUUCCUCCAACUUGUUGCGCAGCUGCUAUUUCUCCACAGCUCUGGUCCACACUGCUGCUGCUGCUGCGGCGGGGAGCUGCGCACCAGCACGCGCGCGCAUGGUGGGCUGGUGCCUCAUCGGGGGAUAUUUGCUGGAAAAAGGGAAACAGAUGGAUGAAGCUGUGUCUGUCUCCAGGCCUCCUACGAAGAUUUCUGAAGUUCUGCGGCCUCCGGUGACAACAACUCCAGCGUGUUUAUUAUGAACUCGGAGACAGGGGAUGCGAGUCAUGAGCUGCACGCGACCUGGCCACGGACUGGACCUCAGCCACAGCCUCUUCUACCUCACUUUGCUCCUGUGGACCAGGCGCAUGAGUGGACUGGCUGACUUUUCAACCUACCUGUCCAGGAUCAUCACCAGUCACUCUGCUCAGGCGUGUGACGGAGAGCCGCUGCGACUCCACUGCCCACGUCACUCCACCAUCUCCAUCCAGACCGCCUUCUACGGGAGCGGCGCGGCGCGGCCGUGCGGCUCCGACCCGGACCCUCCACUCGGGGCCCUCAACCGCAGCUGUUCGGCUUUUACUGCUCUACAGAAGCUGAUGUCGGAGUGUCAGAGCCGAAGAGAUUGCCAGCUUCCUGUCAACCACCUGCUGUUCGGGCAGGACCCCUGUCCCGGCACGGCCAAAUACCUCCACGUGGACUACAAGUGUAAACCAACGGAACACAGGAGGCAUGUGGUGUGUGAGGGGGAGACGCUGAUCCUGCGCUGCAAGCCCCCCAAGGUUCUGAACAUCUACGCAGCUGUCUACGGGAGGAGCCUGGGCCAGCCUUACACCUGCCCCUCACACCUGACGAGACCACCCCCGUUCGAGUGUCUGAAUCACGAGGCCGUGCACUGGGUGUCCGAGUCCUGCUACAGAAAACACAAGUGUGCUGUUGCCGUCAGCAACCAGACCUUGAGGGACCCCUGCUUUCCAGGAACCAGGAAGUACCUCAGUGUGGUCUAUUCUUGUGUAGUACCACAGCCCUUACUAAGGGACAUAUUCCGCCCCACUUCCCCUCCUACUGUGGACACAGAAAACGCAGCUCCUCCUCCUCCUCCUCCUGCAGAUCUGGAAGAGUCUUUCCCCAAAGGCUCAAGAAGGCCUGACAGCUCAGGAUCCAUGAUGAGCAGCUUUCUCAUGACCUACAUCUACAUCAAAGAGCAUCCAGAAAGGGCAGCGCUGCUGUUCACCUCCAGCGUGUGUGUCGGUCUGAUGCUCACACUGCUGGCUGUGUCGGUCCGAGUGACCUGCAGAGGGCGCCAGCCCAGAGACGACAGGCUCAAAGCGGCCUCUCGUAGCCAGGCUGUGAAGGAGGAGGAGGAGGAUGAAGAAGAAGAUGAUGGCGACGAGGGAACGGAAAGCUCUUUGAUCUCAGCCGCCGAAAGGAAGGAGACGUACGGCUGGGAGGAAGUGACUUAUGUGAGCGAGGCGGCAGAGCAGGCGGAGAGGAUUGAGCGCAGGGAGAUGAUCAUGCAGGAGAUCUGGAUGAACGCCUAUCUGAACGGCAGCUCAAGUUGAACUGUGACCCGUCGGUGCUGUUCAGUACCUUCAGGAUUCACUUGCAGCAGCUCCCGGACUUUUAUUUUUUACGAGCAAAAAAAGAAAUCUUCUUUGUUUUUUGUUGUUGUUUUUUUACAUUGUAAAGCAAUGUCAGAGAGCUCAGUUUAUGAAGAAUGCAAUGUUUGGAUAAAACUGCACAUUUUUUAAAAGGCUCAACAGGGAUCAAUACUGUAAAAAUGUGUAGUCACAUAAAUUCUGUAAUUGUCUAAAUGUUGUAUUUCAUCACAUCUACCGCUAAACAAAGCCAGGAAUUUAAUUGCCGAUGUUCCGAUGGGUGAAACUAUCUUCUCGACCUCUUGAGCCUCACAGCCGUUACAGGUUUGUGAGUUGGAAGCUCAAAUUUAACUCAAGCAAACCGUUCCCACAGGAAGGAGAAAUGAUGAAUAGGCGUAUUCAAGACAUCUCAGUCACUAAUACUGCAGUGUAGUCUUUCCUAAUAAACAUUAAGCACAUUACAAUGUUUUCCUAAAGUAUAAUUACAUUAGUGUGCACUAAAAUGUCCAGCUGUUUAUACAGUAGGCCUGAGGUGUGUGUGUUUGAAUCUCACCCACCAGAACUAAUCACCGGCUCUUUAAAGAGCCAACUAAAUUGAAUGCAGAGAAAAGUUUUCAUUCAUCCUUCAACCCUGCAGGAUGUUUUUCUCUUCCUUCACUGUUCCUUGAAACCGGCCAGAGCGCCACUCCUCCGCAUCGACUCCGUCAACAGUUCCACAGCGUGGAAUUAAACUCUCUCACUUUCAACUCUACAACUUGCUCAAGCCUGCUGGGACAAGAGCUGGAACGACCAUCUCCUCUGUUGCAGCUUCCUGCCUCAGAGCAGCACAGACCUCAUGGAAAGGUGUGUUUGUGUGUGUGUGUGUGUGUGUAAAACUAACUGGACACAAAGAGAGGAAAGGUGUGGCAUCCUUGUCCCUGCAUCCCCACAGGUUUAAAACUGUGUUCCCAAUGAAUCAUACACAGGAUGUAUUGGAAAUUAUUCUUUUAAUCAAGAUUAGAUUUAUUCAUAGAGUUUGCAGUUUCAAUAGAAAUGUAACUUUUACAACAGGUUAAAAACAUCUGGUAAAGAAAAACGGCAAUCACAUGUAAGUUAAAAUAAAUCAGGUAUGUAAUAACA